CAGACUGUUCUGGCAAGCUCUCCUUGGGCUUCCCAGCAAGUGGGGCAAUGUGUGCCUCCCCCUAAUCCCUGAUCACAGCACUGCUGUGGCGUGAGGCACAGGGUAAACAGCCAGGCACACAGGCACACAGCUCUGUGCCUGACUCCAGGGCUUUUGCUCUCAGACACCACAAGCAACAAAUAAUUACCUGUGGUCUUCUGCAGAGAGAAAUGAUCUGCUCACGCCUCCUCUGGAAAACACUGUUUAUUCUAAGUUUAGCAGUUCUUCUUGCAGAUUUUACUGAAAUCAGAGCUUUUGCCAAGCAAAGUGAAUGCAAAAAUGCAACCAUAGAUGAUGUGAAUUGGAGUCUCAAGAAAUAUUCAAAAUGCUUGCCUGAUAUUAUUGCCAAGGGUGAAAAAGCUUCAAUCAAUUUUCUGGCGUGGACACUGCAAGAAACACUUGAUCUGCUGCGCCCUGUUCAGGAGCAAUUUUGCAAGCAGCUACCUCCGUGCCCACGUCCAGUGGCCCCAAAAAAUGGGGGGCUCGUGUGUGUGACCAUUGACAACACUCAGUACUGCAAACCCAUGUGCAACAAGGGUUAUGACUUCCAGUUCCUCAGAAGCAGCAGGCUCUAUGAAGCAUGUGGCAAUGCCACUGGGUUUUCCUGGAGCACGCAGCUUAGCGGGGGAAAGACGCUGGCUGUUUGCAACCCCUCUGAGGUGGCCAUCAGUGGAGCUAAAUCUGCCUAUUUCCCCAGCAACAGCAGCUGUGUGCACACGCUUGCCUUCCCUGGGACUCGGGCAGAGCAGCUGAACAUCUUCCUGCAGGAGAUUGCCCAGCAAGGCAUCGACGGCUCCAGCCGGGACCGGGGGGCCGAUUGUAUCAUCUGUGGCUACUAACAGCAGCAGCCUGAGCACAGCCCAGCCUCUGGCUGCUCUUGGGCAGCAGAAGCACAGCAGUGAAGUCACAGCCAACUCACAGCUUUUAUUUAGUUAGAGGUCUGGAGAGCACAGUCGUGACCCCAGCUUUGGGGUGUGGAUAUAUAGGCUAAAUCUAAUCCUACAGCUCAUGGAGGAAUAGUUCCAAAGAAAGAAGACCACUUUUAUGGCUUUAAUUUGUCUAGCUGGAGUUAAAUGAGAACUUCAAGUUCUUAAAUGGAUGCCUUCCUAUUGGCUUAAGUUCUUCAGGAUAUCUGCAGAUAGUGAUAACAGUGAUUGUUGUCAGAAAUUGUCCUGUGUCAGGGGUCCUCUUUACUUGGAAAGGGCUGUACUUCUACUCACUUUCACAGCUGCCAGUUAAUCACUAUUAUUGCUCUGAUGACCAUUUAAGCUGUAGGGGUAUAAUGUUUCAUUCACUUGCUUGCUUGACUGGGGCUUAGAACAGCAGCAGAAAACCUGUCCAUUGUCCACCUGGCACUAAGUGAAAGUGAAGAUCAAAGGCAACUUAGCACUGCUGAUCCAGCUUAUUUGUGGAGCUGUAGCUACCAAACAAUGUGCAUGUGAAUUAUUGUGAAAUGUAAACAAGGAAUUUAGUUACUGCUUGCUUGGUUUUCAGUGGAAUCUGUGCUUGAGGUAAUAUUUUAAUUUUCUUCUGUUGAGCAAACAGUGAAGCUGUAGAUCUGAAGACUGACAACUCAUCUGUUUGUGUUUCCUUUCCCUGUUUUACCUUUUCCCUGUUUAUGUUCAUCUCUCAGACACAGACAGCAUAGUUUUGUGGUACAUGAUGUAAAAUUGACCUUUACCUCAUUAAUCAGAUAAAUGGUUCAAAUAUAUAUAUUUACAUACUUAUAUUUCAGGCUUAGAACUGAGUCACUACAAGUAAAAAAACCCCAUAAAUAACCCCAGCUGCUUUAGGGCCCAGAAGCAGACAUAUGACAAUGAGUGGAACAGACAAUUACACCAGAAAAGGCAUGAGUUGGAUGCUUUGGCUACUUAUAAACCAUAUGGCAAUAAAUGAAGUCAUUCUGUUGGAGACAAAAGCGCUGUAGUCUUAAAGGAAAACAAUGAGUUUUGAAUCAUUGGGUUUUGGUAUUUAUUUAUUUAUGGCAAAACACAUUAUCUCUAUCAAAUUAAAUGAUAAUGUUUUAAAGUCUUUCCAGUCAAAUCAUUAUCAACCGAUGCUCAGAUAAAAUAUCUGGAGUUCUUUGCAGUAUAAUCUUUCUACUGGUGCCUAACCCCAUUUUUUCUCUCAAUUUUCUUAAUCUAUUCUAGUGACUUUCCAAACCAGCCAACAAAAGAAAAGAAAAGCCACUGAUAUUUUAUUUCAUGAGGAAAUCAAACCUGUAAACUAGCAUAAUAAUCUGUUUAAUUUGUGGGUCAGAAAUCCUCAUAUGAGUGUCACACAGUGUGGAAGAAUUAGGCUGAAAAGCUUUAAUUAUCAUCUGUCAUGAACUUGAUAUUAAGCUGGAGACUAGGUCGCUGGGGUGUUUUUCAAUAACUUGCAGAGAAGUUGUUUUGUUCUAUUCCCACCACCUGAGUUCUUAUUUAUAUAUGAGACAGGGAGUUGACUCAAUAAGCCCAUAUGACACAGUUAAAAACAAAAGUAAAUUUAAUCAUGUUAUUUCCCA